AUGAAGCGUGGUGUGGAGGCCCUUGGAGACUCCUAUUUGCAAGCUCGUCAACGCUUCGAAAGUCUUGAACGAAAAUUCGCUCGUAACCCUGAGCUUAAAACAGAAUAUAGUAAGUUCAUAAAGGAAUAUCUGGACCUUAAUCACAUGUCGCUAGUUACCAAUGAGGUUUUUCAACAAUGCAAGUAUUUUCUGCCGCAUCAUUGCGUCAUCAAGGAUGACAGUAGCACAACAAAGCUGAGAGUGGUUUUUGAUGGCUCUGCAUCCACUACUUCGGGCUUUUCGCUGAACGACCUACUCAUGGCAGGCCCAACUAUUCAGCCGAAACUGUUUAAUAUCCUUAUUAGAUUUCGUACUUUUCCCAUAGCACUUACUGGGGACAUCUGUAAGAUGUAUAGGUGUGUUCGCGUCACCCCACCAGAUAGCAUGCUCCAAUGCAUAUUGUGGCGUGAAUCUCCUCAGGAAAACUUUGCCAUCUAUAAGUUAGACACGCUGACUUAUGGAACUAAGCCUGCGUCAUUUCUGGCCAUACGUGCCAUGCACCAACUCGCAGCUGACGAAUCCUCGACUUAUCCCAUUGGUGCAGAAAUAGUGCGUCGAGACUUCUACGUAGAUGACUUGAUAUCUGGAGGCGAUUCGAUGGAAGAAGUACUGAAUAUCAAGCUACAAACAACUAGCCUCCUUGCUCGAGGAAACUUUAAGUUACGCAAGUGGUGCUCUAAUAGUCCAGAUAUCCUUCGUGAUAUACCUGACGUAGACAAGGAACGUUUCCUUAAGUUUGACGAUGGCAGUGACAUCACCAAAGCUCUGGGACUAGUUUGGGAUCCGGUCAAGGACAAGCUGCUAUUUUCGUUUGUGCCACAACGAGAACUCGGUAAAAACUCAAAACGCUCUGCGUUGUCUACUCUAGCUCGCUGUUACGAUCCCCUUGGACUAAUGGGCCCUACGCUGACCAAGGCGAAGAUUCUUCUGCAACGCAUGCGGAGAGACAAGCUUGAGUGGGAUGAGAGUCUACCGCAAUCGUUAAACACCGCCUGGUCUGCUUUUUGCAGCGGGUUUGCAGACAUACAGCACCUAUCAUUUCCUCGUUACGUCUUGCAACCUGGGGCCAUUACAGAAAUUCAUGCAUUUUGCGAUGCAAGCCUUGAAGCUUAUGGGGCUUGCGUUUAUACGCGUUCAGCCAAGGAUAGUAAGGUACAAGUGCACCUGUUGUGUUCGAAGGCCCGUGUCGCUCCACUGAAGACUAUCACCGUGCCCAAGCUGGAACUCUGUGCAGCAACACUGCUGGCACAACUCAUGG